UGUUGGGGGAAGCACAAUUGGGGAUACUCGAUACCCGAUGUUGUGUGUUGCGGCAUUGUAGUUCUUUGCAAACCAACUCAGGUUUGGUUGUCGAGUAUUCGAUUUUGGGGUUUUACCCACAGCAGAGUAAAAUAUGUUAAUCGACAUGGAAGAACAGCUUUCGCCCAUAAUGAACGCACUGGUCAAAGCUGCCGUAUGUGAAAUUAGCCAACUGUUCUCGGAAGGCUCGGCUACCCUUCGCUUACAAAUAACUCGGAGCCUGAAAGAAAAUGAAGCGCUGAAGUCGAGGAUGGAAGUGAUGAGGAGGGAGCUGCUUUUUUUGCAGCUUCAAACCAGAACAAAUGCAUCGCGUGAUGCAUUGCGUGCGGCAAGUCGUUUGGCCCUGGCUCGAGCCAACAUCUGCCGCCAGGGUCUAAACCACUGGGGAAUGAAGACAGCGCUGACUUUGGGGACAGCAGCACACAGCGCGGCACCACCUCAGAGAGUCGGCAUGUGGACGCCCCUGGCUCCUCCCAGAUGUCCGGUCACAGCGAGGAGCUGAGGAUCCUGAGCGCCGACGGAAAAGGGGAGGCCCACUGGCGGCAGAAGGCCAUGACCUCCUCUUCACUGCGUCUGAAGUGGAGGCCUUGAGCUCCCUGUCUGCAGACCAAAGCGUGACCACGAGCCUGGAGCGCGGCGAGCGGCUGGUCCGCCGCGAGGAGCUGACUGUGCAGCAGCAGACUCCAGACGCCAUUUUUGUCAAGGUUGAAGAGGAUAUUGGUGGAGGCAUGCCCGCUGUAGAAGACUGCGUGGACUUUGUAGACCGCAGCGCACGGCACGGCGCAACCUCAGAGAGUCUGCAUGUGGACGACCCUGGCUCCUCCCAGAUGGUCAGUUACAGCAAGACGCAAAGGAUCCUGAGAGUGGCCAAGAGCCUGGAGCGCGGCGAGCGGCUGGUCCACCGCGAGGAGCUGACUGUGCAGCAGCAGACCCCAGACGCCACUUUAAUCAAGGUUGAAGAGGAUAUUGGUGGAGGCAUGCCCGCUGUAGAAGACUGCGUUGACUUUGGAGACCGCAGCACACAGCACGGCGCAACCUCAGAGAGUCUGCAUGUGGACGACCCUGGCUCCUCCCAGAUGGUCAGUGAGGAGCUAAGGAUCCUGAGUGUGGCCAAGAGCCUGGAGCGCGGCGAGUGGCGCGUCCACCUUGAAGAGCUGCCCGGGCAUCGGGGCGGCCGCAAGGGCCAGGCCCGUGUCUUGUUUGGCAAGGGUGUUCCCGACAAUACCAAGAUGACCAUGCCCACCCACAAGGGAGAGAAACCGUACGGCUGUGACCAAUGCAUGAAGCGCUUCGCACGGAGUGCCCACCUGAGGAUCCACAUGAAGACUCACACCGGGGAGAAGCCCUACAGGUGUGACCAAUGCAUGAAGCCCUUCACAUGGUUAGGCAACAUGAAGCGCCACAUGAUGACUCACUCCGGGGAGAGGCCCUAUAGGUGCGACCAAUGCAUGAAGAGCUUCAGUAGAAACUCCCACUUGAAGGUCCACAUGAGGACUCACUCCGGGGAGAGGCCCUUCAGGUGUGACCAAUGCAUGAAGAGCUACAGUAAAAGCUUAAGCCUGAAGAUCCACAUGAGGACUCACUCCGGGGAGAGGCCCUUCAGGUGUGAUCAAUGCACGGAGAGCUUCAUUAGAAAAUCCAACCUGAAGACCCACAUGAUGACUCACUCCAGGGACCCACUCCUGGGAGAAGCCCUACAGUUGUAAACAAUGCAUGAAGCUCUUCAGGGCAAGCUCUCACCUGAAGGAGUACAUGAGUAUUACUCACUUUAAUUAAGAUUAAGUCAAGAUUAAUUUUAUACCCACCACUUGAAAAAAAAUAAACUUGAGUUGAAUUAUUUUGGCCCUUCUCAAUGCUGUAGACUGCUCCAAUUGCAUUGGCCUUCCCAACGUUCAGCUGUCAAUUAUUUUUGUAUACUAAGCAUAUUUGACCGCUUUCAAGGAAAGUGGAUUUUUUGCCUCUGAUUCACGUCUUCCGCAUCACAUCAUCAACACCAUCAUCAAUGGUGUACAUGGUGCAGAAAGCUUUUCUGUACAUUGCAGAAAACUUACUCCAUGUAGCAACACCUGUGUAAAAAAAUUGUGAGUCAAAAGAGCAGAUUUCCAUAGAGACAAUGAAAAUCACCACAGUACUUAAGUAUUGUAUAGCACUGCUAUUAAAGGUCUUACUGUCAAGCCACUGAAAA